AUGCAUACGGGUGCAUUCCAGGUCAAGUUGUCCAACGCUUACGAAAUCAUCGGCUACAUUCCAGGGGAGGGCCACAACCUGCAGGAAUUCUCUUCUGUCCUGGUGCGCGGAGGGCGUCGUAAAGAUCUUGUCGGAGUCAGGUACACUCUGUGUCGUGGUGCCCGUGAUUUGCAAGGAGUGCAGGGCAGGAGGACGUCACGAAGCAAGCAGAUGCCAAUUCUCCUUCAGGAUGUGCCUGACAAAACCAAGGUCUGUGCGAAUGGUAUGGCCGAUGCUCAGCUGCCGGGAUGGGUCACGGCAGAUGCGAAGCUGGUAUAUGUAUCAAGAUCCACUGGAAAAGAAAUGCCUGUGGUGGUGAAACAUGUGUCUAAUUCACAGAAAUCUGUUACCAUUGUUUUCGCUCGAGACGGAAAGUCCGAAAUGCAAGUUCCCUUCAUUCAGAUUCUGGGGGAGAAGAGCCCGCUGAAGCUUCCGGAUCUUCCGGAUCUUGAACUCCUCGAGGACGAGACGGAGAAGUUCUUCGACUCGAUGGAAGGCACGUGGUUCGGCAACACGCAGAACCUCGACCCAAAGGUGGCUUUGGGUUCCGACAAAGGCAAGUUUUCGUUCGAAGGGCCUGCCGCACCUCCCUUGAUGGAAGUCAUGAGCAGCCCAGAGAUGGAUGAAGCUCCACAGCGGAGGAAGAAGGAGGGCAAGAGACCGAAAGAAGCCAAAGAACUCCAGGACUCGCCACCUACGGAAAGAAAGAGGCGCAAAGAAGCCAAGGCGAAAGACGAUGGCAAAGCUGCCAAAAAGAAAAAGACAAAGGACAAAGACAAAUAG